UACAUACAAUAAAAAAUAAAAAAUAAAAAGAAAGAAAAAGCCUUUUUUGGGCCUUUGAUUCCACGGUUACACCAAGGGGAAGGGAACAGCUUACAUUGUUCCUCUCCGUCGUCGUCAUCACCGUCAGUCGUUGUGUAUCAGAUUCUUUACUGAUUCAACAAACACUUUCACAGUGUCAAUUCGUUUCUUGAACUGAUUGCAAGUGCAGUUAACAAUGGCCGGAGUGCACAUUUGUAGUUGUACCGAAUUGGCUACGUUUUCUGGUCUCCCAAACAUGAAACUUAAGUGCCUUUCCCUGAAGAAUUUCAGGGAUUUUUUCCACAUGCCUCAAAAGAUUGAGCAGCGACAGUGGUCUUGGUUUCCAUAUAUUGGAAAAAGUACCAUCUGUGCACUGAGUCGCUCUCCGAUGACGGUUUCAAAUGGAUAUGUUGGGAGGGCCAAUUCGAUGACAAAUAAUAAUAAGAACAAUAGUAAGAUUUAUAAAAGGAUUGGUUCUUGUUUGGUAGUUGCUCCACCCAAAGGUAAGAAGCCGAAGGCAAUUGUCAAAUUCCUUGGCGGUGCCUUUAUUGGAGCGGUUCCUGAAGUUAGCUACAGCUAUCUACUUGAGCUUCUGGCAAAUGCAGGCUAUCUUAUUAUUUCUGUGCCAUAUAACGUGACCUUUGAUCAUGCUCAAGCUUCUAGGGAAAUUUACGAGAGGUUCAAUGCCUGCUUGAAUAUAAUUUUAAUAUCUGGAUUGCCCGAUGAGAACUUAACAGCUGCUGAACUAGUUCACCUUCCACUUUAUUCUGUUGGACAUAGCAACGGUGCACUUCUUCAAGUACUCACUGGAAGUUAUUUCUCUGAGAAGAUACCGAAGGCGAAUGCCAUAAUAUCGUACAACAACAGGCCAGCAACAGAGGCAGUACCUUAUUUUGAGCAGUUUGGUCCUCUAGUUAGUCAGGUGAUGCCUGCUAUGGAAGCAUCUCCAAUAUACUCAAUGGCUAAGAAUGCCUCAGGAGAUGCAUGGAAGAUGCUACUUGAGACAGCUGGAGCAAUGAUGCCCGACUAUGAUCAGGAAGCUGUGAUUUCGUUGAACAAAUUUGUUGAUCAGUUGCCCUCAGUUUUGGAUCAGGUUGUGCAAGGUAUAUCAGAGUUCAAGCCAACACCUUCUGAGAAUCGUGAUUAUUUUAAGAAAUCAUACAAUGUCCAGCGUACUUUAUUGGUGAAGUUCAAUUCUGACGCAAUUGAUGAGACAGAUCUCCUUGAAGAGACAUUGAAACCUCGUGUGGAAUCCAUAGGUGGAACAUUAGAGAAAGUCUCAUUGAGUGGUACCCAUAUUACUCCAUGCAUACAGGAACCAAGAUGGCAAGUAGGUUACUGGUACACUCCAGCAGAUGCUAUUGCUCAAGGACUCAAGACUCUAUCAGUAAAUGAAACUAGGGUCCUUUCAAGAACCAUCGCAGACUGGUUUAGCCGCCUUGAGGAAUAAUGUAAGUGAUGUUCGGCCAAAACUUAAUCUUGAGGAAUAAUGUAAGUGAUGUUCGGCCAAAACUUAAUCUAGCAUGUAUGCGAAUCUGGCUAGGUUCUUUUUCCCAAGAUAGUUGACAGGUUCAUAGAAGUAUAAGAAGGAAAAAGGGAAAAAGUAUUAUGGUGUACAGAACUGUACCACAUGACUGCUGCUACACACGUGGAUGAUCCAUGUUUUUGUAAGAAUAUAUUCCUCAUUCAGGAAAAAAAAUAUAUAUAUAUAUAUACACACACACACACACACACUUCAACAUAUUUUAGUGCUUCAAACUUCCUCUCUGAAGGGUAUUUGUAGGCACACAAUGUGCUUGCCAAUAUGUUUAAAUGACUCACUUUCCAAUUUUAUAAUGUCCCUUUAAAUCC